AUGGCGGAGGGUGGUGAGACACGCGUGAUAAAAAAUGCACCGGGUAUUUUAAAAGCCGAUGUCUGGGAUCAUUUCGGCUUCUAUGAACAUGCUGGUAAGCACGAACUGGACAAGACACACGCUGUGUGUAAAGCAUGUCGUGCACAAAUAAAGUAUUUAGGCAAUACAACUAAUUUAAGAAACCACGUUAACCGUUUUCACCCGGAGCUGCUAAAGGAUGCAAGUGGCAAGGCUGCCAGCGCAAAGACAGACCCAACUCAGCAGAAAAUUGAUCAAGCAUUAUCAACUUUGCCAUUGAACUCUGAGAAAGCGAAGAGAAUAAACAGAUCUGUGGCAUCUUUCAUUGCAAAGGAUUUACGGCCCUAUUCUGUAGUGGAAAACAUCGGGUUUCGCCACCUGAUAAAGACGCUGGAGCCGCGCUAUAAGCUUCCGUCACGCAGCCACUUUGCAGAAACAGUCAUACCCGAACUGUACAACGAAGCCAAAGUUCAGGUAAUGUCAUCAAUGAGCCAAGCUAUUCGUGUAGCAAUAACGUGUGAUUCCUGGACUUCGGUAGCGACCGAGUCUUACGUAACAAUAACGUCGCAUUACAUUAGCCAGGACUGGAACAUUUUAUCACAUGUGCUGCAAACUAGAGCUGUUUACGAGUCUCACACGGGUGCUCAUCUGGCUGAGCUUCUUUCUCAGGUUGUGGCAGAAUGGCAGCUAUCGGAUAAAGAUGUAGUACUUGUGACAGACAAUGCGUCAAAUAUGAUCGUUGCAGCGCAAGUCGGAAAAUUCUCGCAUGUCAAAUGCUUCGCCCAUACGCUAAAUCUCGCGUGCCAGCGGGCGCUUAAAGGGGCCACGCUCUCCAGGCUUCUGGGCAGGGUAAGACGAAUAUCAUCAUUCUUCCACCGUAGCACCACAGCGAGCCACUCACUGAAAGUGAAACAGCAAUGUUUGGGACUUAGCAAUCAUAAGCUGAUUACUGAUGUUGCAACAAGGUGGAACAGUGCAUUUGAUAUGCUCGAUAGGUUCUUGGAACAACAACCAGCAAUCUGUGCCACCUUGCUCUCUCCAGAAGUCAGAAAAGGGGAGUCAGACCUGUUCACUCUGACUGACACAGAUGUGACAAAUGCAGAGGAUGCUGUGAAUGCAUUAAAGCCAAUGAAGGAUGCGACCACACUGAUGUCAGAAGAGAAAAAUCCAACAGUGUCUCUCAUUGCUCCUCUAAAUGCACAACUCAUCCAGAAUAUGGCAGACACCACUGGAGACUCACCUUUGGUCCGUGAGAUCAAAAAUGCAAUUAAAACAGAUCUUAUGAAGAGGUACAACAGUGAGGCAGAGAAGAAGGUUCUUUAUACAGCCUCUGCUCUAGAUCCCCGGUUUAAGGGAAUGCCUUUUCUCACCGAGCAGGAAAAACUGGAGAUAUACAGAGGAGUGAUUGUGGAGGCUGCAUCUUUGGAGAAUGAGUGUACACCUAGCAGAACAGAAGUGUGUGAUGCGCCUGGAAGAACAGGAACCCUGGAAGAAGAAACACCCAUGGGGGACUGCCCCUCUGCUCCCAAACGAAAGGCCUCGUCGCUGCUUGUGAGUUUGCUGGGACAGUCUUUCACUGACACUGAAGGUACAGUUGAACCCAAGACUCAUUAUGCCAGGGCUGAAGAAGAAAUGGAGGCAUACUGUAAAGCUCCAUCUCUGCCUCUCACUGAGGACCCUUUAAGCUGGUGGCGUGUCCAUGAGGUCACAUUUCCUCUCCUUUCUCGGCUCUCUAAGCGGUACUUGUGUAUCCCAGGCACAAGCGUAUCUGCAGAGCGUGUUUUCUCCACUGCAGGAGAUGUGGUCACGGCUAAAAGAAGCACACUCAAACCAGAGCAUGUAGAUCAAUUAGUGUUCUUGCAGAAAAACCUACAAAUUCCUAAAUGCUAA